CUUUUGGUAGAUUCUAAUCGUCUGCCCGAGGCCGCCUUUUUUGCUCGCACCUAUCUGCCGAGUCGAGUACCAGGAAUAGUCGAGAAAUGGCGUGCAUUUCUAGCUAAAACUAACCCCAAGUUUGCAGAAUCAUUGGCAAAUCCAAAUGAAUACCCGAAUCUUUUUCCAGAUUAUGAGGUAAGGUUGCCUUCGAAAUCGUAA